AUGAAUCCGGGGAAAAGAGCAGCCAGUCGUAGCAGCCAAGGGCAAAGAGGAAACUGGAAACCCAAAGGUGCUUUCAAUAUCCAAGAACUUCCACAAGCUUUAGUAAUAGACAUUCUAUCAAGGCUUUCCAUCAAGGCCCUCUACAGUUGCAGAUGCGUUUGCGAAGACUGGCUUCAUAUAAUUCAUGACCCUCAAUUUGCUCGGCUACACCUUCUAAGAUCACCCAUCAGUAUCUUGAUCAAGACCUCGUCCCGUGCAAGAGAUCAAGGGAAAUUUGAUUUAAUCCAUAUAUCUGGGUCUCCUAUGCGAGUCGAGAGAAUGAGGUUUGCUCCCAAUAAUGUUCUACCAGUUUGCCCUGUUUCUGUAGUUAAGUUGAUGAACUCAUGCAAUGGUUUACUUUGUGUAUGUGAGUGGAUGAGAUAUGAUAGGGUGUAUGUGUGCAACCCAAUUUUAGGAGAGUACAUUAGCAUUCCUCUUCCUGAUAGGAAUAGGCAUUACUCGAUUGAUUUUGUUGCACUUGGUUUUAACACUAGGACCAAUGAAUACAAGAUCGUGCAAACAAAUUACUAUUCCAACUACGCCCAUGAGCCUGAGGCUAUGAUAUACACCAUUGGUACAGGAGUUUGGAGAAGUAUUGGAAAGCCUCCUAGUGGCUAUAGAGGUGGCCCAUACCAUUCAAUUCCUUUCUGCAUGGAGCUCUUCAUUGGAUUCCCGUUUAUUACUGUCCUUCUCCAUCUAUACAAUCUUUCGACUUUGAAUGCUGCUUUGUAUUUUCAUUGUGUUUGGAACAUUUGUUAUAUGUGGACAUUUUCAUUUGGAUCAAGACAUUUGUUAAAUUUGGAAAUUUUCAUUUAG